AUGGACUGCUUCACAGCCACCACCCGAUGUGAUCAGCUGGACGUGAACCCAUCGAGUAUCAUAUCAUGUCUUUGCCUAUCGUUGCCAUCCGUUGCCAUCAAACCAAUUGAUAUCUCGCAUACCAUUCCUCCGCUACAAGAGUACGAGUUUCCCACGAGUUUCACAUCCGCUGAGCGACGAUAUGUGGACCACUUCUGCACCCAAUUCGGGCUCAAGACUAAGAGGCGACGUAAUGGCGCGAAUCGAUGGGUGACGGCAUACAAGCCGUCGUCGACUAUCAUCGCAAUGGACUCGUCGUACGGUUUGUCGGACUUCACGCAGAAUAUCAUCAAAACUCUGUUACAGCGCUUCCCGGCGUCCGAUAAGGAGAAGGAGACCUCCCUUUCAUCCCUUUCCUGCCAUUUCUCGCACGCUGAGCACCGACUGGUGGGCAACACCGGCGCUCACCAGCAGUUUGAGUCGCAACGGGAACUAAACUGCACGACUGGCCGCUUGUCUAACAUUAUCCCUCAGAUCCCAAUCCCGCCUCCAUUUGCUUCCGGAAGAAUGGAUCAGACGAUAGCCUUCCGGAAGUCACUCCCGGUGUGGCUCAAGAGGACUGAUGUGAUGGAAGCCAUCGCCUCCAAUCGGAUCGUUGUGGUGAGCGGUGGCACCGGCUGUGGAAAGACUACGCAAAUACCGCAGUAUAUCCUCGAGUACUGCAAUCUCAUGAAGAAGUCGUGU